AUGGUCAAGUUGGUGAAAUAUUUAAAUUUUAAAAAUGCUUCACGUAUUAUUUUUCUUGCUGCAAUUCAUUGCAUUCUCCUGUACUGGUGCAUUCAGCGUGCAUACUUCAUGAAUGUAUUUGAAAGUCGCCAUGCAACUCUGCACCCCUUUGCAAAGAAAUACAAUUUCUUCUACCCCGAGGUCAAUCCCGAAGUCGUUUUAGUAUUUGUGCAUAUUCAAAAAACGGGCGGAACUUUCGUUGAGUCUGCAUUAACAAAUGAUGGUGUUUUUGGUUUUCCUUGCGACUGUAAACCCGGAGUGAAAUUCUGCAAAUGUUAUCAUGAUCAUAAUGUAUGGUUAUUCAGUAGGUUUUCUGUUGGCUGGCGAUGUGGUCUCCAUGCAGACUUCACGGAACUGCAGGAAUGCGUUCCAAAUAUGCUUAAUACGCUAGAGAAUCACAUAAGAUCUCGUAGAUUAGUCUACUUCACGAUUCUCCGUGGCGCUCUUGACCGUUACUUAAGCGAGUGGUUACACACGCGCCGUGGAGGCAAUUGGAAAAAAGCUACUCUUCGUUGUCGUGGGCAUUCACCUUCCCCCUCACAAUACCAACCGUGCUCCUACAUCUUCGACGCUAAUGUGUCUCAGUUGCCUUUUAGCCGCUUCGCCGACUGCCCAGGCUCCCUUUCUAAUAACCGACAGACUCGUAUGAUUGCCUCCCUUGACGAUCUUGGUUGUUAUACAAACUUGAAAGAAUGGACAUAUCCACUUGCUCCAGGAGCCAAUUUUUCACCCCCUCAGAUUGACCUUCUCGUUUCUGCGGUGGAAAACCUCGCUACUGCCUUCGCCACCUUCGGUUUGAUUGAACAUGCCAUCUAUACGCAGUAUAUGUAUCGCAUGGUCCUGGGUUUGGUCUUCCGUACCCCCUUUAAGAAUAACGCAAAUGAUUCGUGGGUGAGUGAUGCCCACCAUGAGCCCGGUCUCUUGUCCAAUGACUGGAAGGAGGUGGCGGAGGCGCGAAACCGGAUUGAUUUGAUGUUUGUGGCCUUUGCGAGGCAUCUCUUUGCCCACCGUUUGGCAGCUCGGUUGCGGGCGGAGUCGGCCCUACCAAUGCGGCUUCGAUUAUUCCUACGCCAAUUGGGACCGCCUCUCUUGCUAAGCAAUGCAAAUCUGGAGGCCAAAAUUUGUCGCCAUCUUUCUCGAUUUUUUAAUAAGGAGAUUGCAUGGAGAAAACUGAACUCCCCAGUGAUUUAUAAUGAAACAUCCAGGAUGGUCUAA